CUCUCUCUGUCCUGCCUGCUUAGCGUUCUCUCACUGCUUUUCUUCACUGUUCUUGCACGAAAGAGAUCUAGGGUGACAGGAAAGUGAUGAUUCAUCUGACAUCAGAUGGAGUCCUUUUUAUUUGCCCUUUUGUUGGCCUCAGUCUCUGAUAUUGGGAACAUCCGUGUUAUGUUUGUGAAUGUUUUUAUUUCACGGAAGACACACAUGGAUUGCAGUGGGACUCUGAUGAUUUAAAGGUCUGAUGCGUGUGGCUGUCUGGUAGCUCUUUGUUUUCCACAAUCCUUUGACCAGAAAAAGAAAUCAAAGUGUGUUUUAAUCAUGCUGACCAGCGAGGGCCAGGGAUUCCUUCACUUUGGUUUGUGUCUCUGGUUGUGUAUGUUCAUACCUUUCUUUAAAGGCUCUGCAGGCUGUGCAUCUGAAGAGAGGCUCUUUCACAAACUGUUUUCUCAUUAUAACCAGUUCAUCAGGCCUGUGGAAAACGUUUCUGAACCGGUCACGGUGCAUUUUGAAGUGGCCAUCACACAGCUGGCCAAUGUGGAUGAAGUAAACCAGAUCAUGGAAACCAAUCUGUGGCUACGUCACAUAUGGAAUGAUUAUAAAUUGCGCUGGGACCCAAUGGAAUAUGAUGGCAUUGAGACUCUUCGUGUUCCUGCAGAUAAGAUAUGGAAGCCUGACAUCGUUCUCUACAACAAUGCUGUUGGUGACUUCCAAGUUGAAGGCAAGACAAAAGCUCUUCUUAAAUAUGAUGGCAUGAUAACCUGGACUCCACCAGCUAUUUUCAAGAGUUCCUGUCCUAUGGAUAUCACUUUUUUCCCUUUUGAUCAUCAAAACUGUUCCCUUAAAUUUGGUUCCUGGACAUAUGACAAAGCUGAAAUUGAUCUUCUAAUCAUUGGAUCUAAAGUGGAUAUGAAUGAUUUUUGGGAAAACAGCGAAUGGGAAAUUGUUGAUGCCUCUGGCUACAAGCAUGACAUAAAAUACAAUUGUUGUGAGGAGAUAUACACAGAUAUAACCUAUUCUUUUUACAUUAGAAGAUUGCCAAUGUUUUAUACCAUUAAUCUGAUCAUCCCUUGUCUCUUUAUUUCAUUUCUAACUGUGCUUGUCUUUUACCUCCCUUCUGACUGUGGUGAAAAGGUGACACUUUGUAUUUCAGUUUUGCUUUCUCUGACUGUGUUUUUGCUAGUAAUCACGGAAACCAUCCCAUCCACGUCUCUUGUGAUCCCACUGGUGGGUGAGUACCUACUGUUCACCAUGAUCUUUGUCACCCUGUCCAUUGCGGUGACUGUGUUUGUGUUGAACAUUCAUUAUCGCACCCCAACGACACACACCAUGCCCAAGUGGGUGAAGACAGUUUUCCUCCAGCUGUUACCCCAGAUCUUGAUGAUGAAGAGGCCUCUGGACAAGAUGAAGGAGACAAGUUCAGAUAAAAAUUCCAAAGGCAUUUCUGGUAGGCCCACCAAAGUCAAUUCUGAUAAUUGCAGAGAGACCAAACUUCCUAAAGAAUUCUGCCACUGUUGUAAAUCAAGUGAGCUUGCCACCAGCAAGAGAAGAUUAAGUCAUCAGCCUUUACAAUGGAUGACUGAAAAUUCAGAGCACUCGCCUGAUGUUGAAGAUGUAAUUAACAGUGUACAAUUCAUAGCAGAAAACAUGAAGAACCAAAAUGAAACAAAGAAGGUAGAAGACGACUGGAAAUACGUAGCCAUGGUGGUGGACAGAGUAUUUCUUUGGGUGUUUAUAAUUGUCUGUGUGUUUGGAACUGCAGGGCUAUUUCUACAGCCACUACUGGGGAAAACUGGAAAGUCUUAGGAUGUAUUUUCCUUUUAUCUUUUGAAACUUACAGAUGCUGUAUUUGUUCUAUGUUCCCUUCCAUGAGGAAAGGGACAUAAAGCUUUCCACCUAAGUCCCCCAUCUACUGAAGCUGAUGGUUAGAUGGAAAAAGAGGACUUUAUUGCAAAUUUGGAGGCUGAAUGCCCUCCUUUGUAGCACAGAGCACAUUUAAGAUGUUUGAUAACACUGGAGCCCAGAAUUGGUGGCACCCACAGGUUUCUCUUCUCUGUACAUGUUUGACUUCCAGGGACAUAAACAACCCAUAAUACAACAAGCCAUGUAAUCAACAUCAAAGCCAUGCUAAAAAGGCAUUCUCUUGUACCUCCAGUUUAUGCUACUUGUCAGUAUAUUGACACAUGCCAGACACAAAACUCUGGAGCUUAUACCUUGCUGGCAUCUGCAAUGCUUGGGAACUGUUAUGUGCUUGCUUUCUAAUACGUGCCUCUGGGAUGUACUCACACACUUCAACACUUUUUGAUAUAUUAAUUGGCAAAAAGUAAUAGCAGGUAGUCAGAGUCUAUCUCAGCAGGCUGCAUCAAGUUAGCAUUCAUCUGGCAAGCAGCUUGAGUGGUAACCCAGCACUGUGCCAGGCAUUGCAAGCACAACAGAAAUGGGUUCUGUCCCCAAGUGCUUGCAGCUUUUUAGGAAAAGUCAUAAACACAAAGAUCUCCAAGACCAGGUAUCAUGGGAAUGUAACUAAAGCAGCCAAAAUAAGGAGAGCAUGAUGUGGUAUGGCCAUGCAAACAUGAAGCAGGCUUUGCGGCAGGUCAGAGAGGUGUCUGUUCUUGCCAGCAGUUUCCAUAUGUUCAUUGUAGCUGAGACUGCAAAUAAAGUUAUUUCUUCUGCAAGAAAUUGUGAUUUUGUACCUUUUUGGAGCAAUACCUUUUCUGAGAAGGAGCACCUUGGGAAUUCUGUUUUAUUCCACUCUAAUUUAUCUUCAUAUUUGUUGUAUAAAUAUUAUUGUAAUUUUAAAGAUGUAUUUCAAAGCAGAAAAAAAUAAAUCUACCCUAACAAAGAAACUAA